AACUGAGGUGUCCGCCACGGAAAUCCCGCCGCAACAACUCUCGAUCGUCAAGCAUACACUCCGAUCUUAGGGACCGCGCUCCCGCCUAGCGCUGCUCCCUAUCGAGUUGCUCGACUACAUCGCAUCCUGCGUGCCGGGGGUCAGAACGCGUGCCGAGGCGAACGGUAUCAGAGACGAGUUGAUGAAGGAGCGUUCUGUCGUCAUACAACAUGUCCAUGAGGAAUACUUCUCGCGGAUGUUCAAUAUGUGCGAACAUUAGGCUUCAUGGGGCCCGGCGCGAUGUCGAGCUCUGUCAUCGAUUCCGGUCGCCACCCAACUUGUCAAUUGAGAGGGCACAUAUUUGAACAUUCUGCUUGACGCGGAGUUCUGGUGUGCGCCCUGUAUUGAAUAAAUGCCUGAAAUAUACAGGUUGUGUAACUGCUUCUUCCUUGGAACCCGUCUGACAACGUGAGAAUCUGCAGCGCCCACACUGAUCGGCGGGGCGCUCAAAAAAUGAUUUCGAACAUACUGUACUUCCCUUUGGCCUCUUUCCUUGGACUCCCCUCCCAAUCGCACGGAGCCCUGGAUUCAAGAGAUGCUGACCCGUUUCGAAGACGAAUUCGCCAUCGGGGACAUGGCGGCUGCCUUGGGCGCAUUCAACAUUCCCGAGCUUCUGUCGUCAGCGAGCAGGGUAGUGGACAAGAGAUGCAUAAAAGCUAACCUUUAUUAGGAGGAGGAUUCAAUCCAGCAAGCACAACGAGUAGCAUUUUCCUGUUCGAAUACUAACCGACGCCUUGACAGAUCUUCUAGAGUUUGGAGACGCGUCAAACCUCAUAGCACGUCUAGGAGGAAGUAGGUACGGUACCCAGGGACUGUCCGAGCACGAUCUAUCCGUCCGAUUCCUCUCUGAGGUCAGAAUCAACUGUCACUCGCCAAAAAAGCCCUGCUCAAGGUAAUACCAGAUCGCCACCAUGGCAUAUGUGCGACAGAACACGUCGAUUCCCGUCCCCAAACUCCAUUACUACGAUCCAGAUCCCCACAAUGCCGUUGGAGCACGGUACAUGAUUAUGGAUGUGGUCCCCGGCCCAAGACUGAGCUUUGUUUGGGACGACUUGCCCCCGGAAUCGCGGCGCAGUCUCGUCUCUCAGACCGGCAAGCUCGAGAAACAGCUUCUCGACACGCGCUUCCCCGCCAUCGGCAGUCUCGUGGACGAGCACGGAGUACUGGGUGAAUUAUGCUGUCAAUACGGCAACCCAAAUCCCCUGCUCCCCGAGCACAGAGGCCCGUUCUCUUCCUCGCGGGACUACCUGCUCGCCCACGCCCGCUCAUCGCUGCAGGCCUACACGGACCGCGCAGCAGCUGGCGCCGACGUCGCUUUCUGCAACUAUGCGAUCCGAUGGCUGGGCCUUGCGACCGAGGGCAUCUCGGCGCUGACGCUGACGGACGAAGACGAGUGCUUCGCGUUCUACAACGAGUUCUACAUGACCCACAUCCACGUCUCUCCCUCUGACCCAACGCAGAUCAUUGGGAUGCUCGACUGGGAGGGGUCUGCGGUCGGGCCGCUUUAG